AUGCCACCAAAGAAAUUAAAUGCCAUUACAAGUAACAUUCAGAGAUGUUCCACAAAUCUCUCUUUAUGGAGUCGUGUCAAAUUUGGUUCUUUAACUGAAAAAAUUAAGGAGACUCAUGACCAGAUUGCAAAGUUGCAUAAUCUUCAACAACUUUCAACAUACUCAAAGGAAUUGGGUGAAUUGGAAGAAAAAUUGAAUGAUUUGCUUUUUAAAGAGGAAGUGUAUUGGAAACAAAGGUCUAGAAUACAAUGGCUACAAGAAGGAGACCAAAACACUAAAUUUUUUCACCAAAAGGCAAAAACAAGGCAAAAAACAAAUAUUAUCAAAGGCCUUUUAAAUAGGGAUAAUGAAUGGUGCUCGAAAGUUGAAGAUAUGACCAAGAUUAUCACAGAAUUUUAUGGACAGUUAUUCACAACGGGAAUCCCAUCUUUACCAAAAAUUGAGGAGUUACUUGAAGUAGUUAAACCUGUAGUAACAGAAGAAAUGAACUCAACACUAAGAAAACCAUUUACAUCCGAAGAGAUAAGAAAGGCGGUAUUUGCCAUGUCUACAGAUAAAAGUCCAGGACCUGAUGGUCGGUUAAUAACAGACAAUGCCUUAGUUGCUUAUGAGGGGCUACAUAGUUUACGAAGGCAUACAAGUGGGAAACAAUAUUUUGCUGCAAUGAAACUUGAUAUGAGCAAAGCCUAUGAUCGGGUUGAGUGGGUUUUCGUAGAGAGAAUGUUGCUAAAGCUAGGUUUUGAACAACAAUGGGUGGAUAAAUUGAUGAAAUGUGUCUACUCAGUCCGGUACUCUUUUCAAUUAAAUGGGCAAAUUUAUGGGGAAGUAAUACCGACUAGAGGCUUAAGACAAGGAGAUCCACUUUCGCCAUACCUUUUCCUUAUAUGUGCAGAAGGAUUUUCAGCGCUCAUCCGACAUGCAGAGGAAAAGAGGGAUAUUUUGGGUCUAAAAGUAGCUAGACAUGCCCCACCAAUUAGUCACUUAUUUUUCGCAGAUGACAGUUUGCUCAUGUUUAAAGCUUCAGAGAGAACUUUAGUAUCAAUACAAAAAAUUUUCAGCCUGUAUGCUGCUUGUUCUGGACAGAUGAUUAAUUACACCAAAUCACUGCUUUUGUUUUCUCCUAAUACUCCUGAAGGAAUUAGAGUACAAUAUGUCUCCUCUCUUGCAAUGACAAUGACAGAAGAGAUUGAAACAUAUCUGGGAUUGCCAAUGGUGGCAUGGAGGGUAUUGAUAAAUCCUACGUCUAUUCUGGCACAAGUUCUAAAGGCCAGAUAUUUCCCACAACAAAGUUUUUUGGAAGCUACAGAAAGCUCUCAUCCAUCUCAAAUAUGGCGUGGUAUAGUUUGGGGUAAGGAAUUACUUAUUAAAGGAUUGAGAAGGAGAAUUGGGAAUGGUGCUAAUACAAGGGUGUUUAAAGAUCCAUGGAUUCCACGACCACCUUCCUUUCUACCUAUUACAAAGGAAGUUGGUGAUCUUAUGAUGGUAUCAGAUUUAAUAGAGCAAUCAGGACAAUGGAAUAUAGAUCUGAUUCACCAAGUUUUUAGUACUCCUGAUUCACAACUCAUUUUAUCAAUUCCAAUUACCCUGUAUGAACAUGAUGAUGAUUGGUUAUGGCAUUUUACUAGCCAUGGCCACUAUUCAGUUAAGAGUGGAUAUAAUCUGGCAAUAGGAGGAGAAAAUUUGCAACCUUCAUCAUCAAAUGAAGUUAUGGCAGCUUGGUGGAGUUCAUACUGGGCAAUAAAAAUUCCAAAGAAAAUUCUACAUUUUGGAUGGAAGGGUUUUCAUGAAAUUUUACCCUCCUUUAGUGGUCUAUUUCGAAGACAAAGCUCAUCUCAUAGUAAUUGUCCUAUAUGUGGUUUCGGAAAUGAUACCAAUGCACAUGCAAUUUUUUGGUGCUCCUUCUCACAAGUUAUAUGGAAGGAAAUGAGUUUCCCUUUUCUUGCAAGCCCAAAAGAGGACCUGACCUUCAAAGGAGUAAUUCUGUAUGCAUCAGAAAUACUUGAAAAAGAAGAUUUCGAGAAAGUGUUAAUUUCAGCAUGGAUAAUAUGGUUUGAAAGAAAUAAGAAAAAUCAUGGAAGAACCAUAAGAACUCCACACCAAAUCAAGAUAUGGAUUUCUUCUUAUUAUAAUGAAAUCUGUCGAGAAAGAAAUAAAACCAAAAAAGGGGUUUCAACUGGGUGUACUAGUGAGCAAAGUAAUACAGAGACAGAAGUCAAUAGCUAUAAACUAUAUGUGGAUGCAGCGAUAUCAACCCCUCAAAAUGUGAUUGGUUUUGGAGCAGUCAUUUUCUCCUCAGACAAACAAAUGAAGGCAGCCUUAUCUAAACCACUACAAGGUUCCUUUUCAGUUUUCCAGGCAGAAGCAGUUGCUUUACUAGUAGGAUUGCGUUGGGCUCAAGAUGUGGGACUUCCCGUGGAGAAAGUUUUUUCUGAUUCACUUUCUUUGGUCUCAGCUUUGGAGGGCCAGACUGUGUAUUUAAAUGAACUGGGGGUUAUCUUUUCUGAUAUUAAAGUCCUAUUGUCUAGUUUUCCUGGGGCAUCUCUUUCUCAUGUUAGCCGCAACUUUAAUGUUGAGGCUCAUAGAUUGGCUAAGCAUGCCCUUAGGAUAGACAAUGAACUUUCUUGGAUGGAAGAAAUCCCCCCUCCUUCUGUGUAA